AGCGGAGGGAGACGUGGCCCCUCCGAGAGUGAGGAAAGGAAGGCUGUGGCUUUGGCUGCUGAAACUAAAGAAUUGAGCGAAGGAGGAAUCCGAGCAGCGCCGUGAGGCUCCGUAAAGUCUAGCCACGGCCUCACUAUGUCGAAAGUUUCCUUUAAGAUCACACUGACCUCGGACCCGCGGCUGCCGUACAAAGUACUCAGUGUUCCCGAAAAUACUCCUUUCACAGCAGUCUUAAAGUUUGCUGCAGAAGAAUUUAAAGUUCCUGCAGCAACAAGUGCUAUAAUUACAAAUGAUGGAAUAGGAAUAAAUCCUGCACAGACUGCUGGGAAUGUUUUCCUAAAGCAUGGCUCAGAACUACGAAUAAUUCCUAGAGAUCGUGUUGGGAGUUGUUAGUUUCUGCUGAAUGGAAAUUUACCAUUAUCUUUCCAAAUAAAUAUUGAUAUUUAUUUUGUAAUGUUGCAUUUGGACUGUCUACAAUUUUAUGAACGUAUUCCUGUAAGGACACUGACCUUUUACAUUAAAAAAGGAAUACAUCCUGUGAAAAAAACACCUGCCUUAAGAAAGAAGCCAACCUCUCCUCUGCUACCUCGCUACAUUUAUGAAAGAAGUUUUGAUUUAGGUUUAAAAUGGAAAGAUGAUGUUACUGAGAACUAAUUGUUUUCCCAGUAAAAUAAGAAAAUUAAGAUUUCUUGAGUUUAAAAUCACAUGUCAACCAUAGAUUAAAUUAUUUGAGUUACAAAUAAGAAUUGCCAGAGAACAUAGAAAGAGGUGAGUAAGUAUGUGUAUUUUAAAUACAGUCUAAGGUAGAAUAACAGAUGAACUGAUUAACAUGUAAACAGUUGUGUUUAUUAUCAUUUGGGUUUUCUGGGUUUUGACUCCAAUUUUUCAUUUGGGUUUCCAGUUGACUCAGAAGUACCAUCAACUGAACAAUUUGAACUUAUUCUAAUUAUCGAAAUGAUACUUCACACCAGCUAGUCUACCUGUGUUGCUGCAGAAUUGAAUAUAGUUAGCAGUGGGAAUUUAAAAUAAAUUUUAUAUAUCUGUUGCUGAGUUACAUCCCUUCAUAAGUAUAUUCUAAGAACUCUCAUAUAAUCAUGAUCUUUUGAUAUGGGUAAUUCUUCUUUGAAGUCUGAAAGGAAUGAAUACCAUUGAGAAGACGUGAAAUCACACAAAGUCCAAAGAAGUGCCAUGAUCUACCCUUUAGUGUACUGAACCUAAAGUUCAAGGUGUCAGGCAGAGAAAAAGGAGACAGUUUAAGCACCAUGAUCACAGAAAACAAAAAAGUCAAGUUAAAACUGAAGUGGUAGGAACGAAAGAAAAGAGCAAGUCAUACAGAAGAUAAAAAGUAACAUCAGAGUGACCCACAAAAUCCAGAAGGAAUGAGAAUUAGUGUCAGAAGUGUCGAAAUGAAAAAAACAAAGCAGCAACAGAGUGGAGAAGGAAAAAGUAAGUACUAGAUUAUGUAAACAAGCAGCAGAAGAGAGCCAAAUAUAUACUUUUUUAACUACUGUAGAGAAUAAAACAUUUAUAUAUGCCUUUCCAGAAACCUAUAAGGAAAAGAAGAGAUAAACCCUUAAAGAAGAAGGAAACAGUUUAUGAUAGGAAAGUGUUAAUACACAGGCAUAAUGCUUAGUAUGUUGGCUCGUGUACAUUGUAGUAAAACACAGCUGGUGUACACAGCUGUGUUUGGCAAGUGCUAAAUUAACACCCCAAACCAAUUUUUUUUUGAUUUGUUUUCAGUGAUAUCAUCCCACGAUACUCCAGUUUCUGAACUAAUGCUCAUUGAAAAGGCAAAAGAUUCUUAUAAAAAAUUCAACUUAUCUGGCCAUGUGUAUUUUCUGAAGGAUGUUUUUGGUAUUGUAAAGUUAUAUAUGACAUUAGAAAGCUAGAUUUGAUUGAUCUUAAUUAUGGCUAAGGCACAGCAAGAUUCAUAGCCAUCACAACUUGGUUAGCUUAGUAAAGGCAGUAAAAUUAAGACAAAAAAAUGAAUUGUUAAUAUUUUUUAAAGGUUUUUACUAAAAAGAAUUAAACAUUAGCCAUUGGUUACAUAGACCCAUACCCUAAGCAUUCCAAUUAAUCAAGGUUAUUCUUUAAUACUGUUUAUAAGUCAAAAUAUGCUUGCAUUUAUGUGCUGCAGAGAAAAAAAGGUGCAAUGAAAUUAUUUCCAUUAUUAGAUUUUAAUUUGUUAAUAUUUGUGUGUCUUAUUCUCAUUAAAAGUAAAUUACAUCAAAA